AUGGAGGGAGCGCUGGUGCGGGAUUACGGCCAGCACCUGACGCAUUGUGCCUACUGCGGGAAGAAUGAUGCCUCCUCCGCGCACGGCAUGACCGCCGAGGACAUGAGUGUGCAGACAUACAAUGCCCUGCUGGACAGGGGGUGGCGGCGAUCAGGCACGUGGCUGUACAAGCCCUGCCACCUGCAGACCUGCUGCCAGCUGCUCACCAUCCGCCUCGAGGCGGCCCAAUUCAGGCCCAGCAAGGCUCAGCGCAAGAGGUGUGGCAAGGGCAAGGCGCAGGGCAGCCUCGGCCUCACCUCUGCCCACGCCUUUGUGCUGGCUGCCUGGCUGAGGCGGCAGGGGCGCACCGGCGUCGAGGCGAGGGAGGUCGCUCAGGCGCUGCGAACCCUAUUGCAGCGACUGCCAUUGGGGGCGGAGGUAGAGGUGGGUGCCGUGGAACCCAUCACCCACAUCCAUGCCGGCCUGGCCCACUCCUUUGAGCGACGGCUUCUCCCCCAUGACGAUCCCAGCCUGCCUGAAACGGAGUUUGAGCUCUUCAAAAAGUACCAGGUCCAUCAUCACAAGGAAGCAGAGGAGGGUGUCACCCGCAAGACAUUUGCGCACUUUCUCUGCUCCUCCCCGCUCACACCGGAACCCUUCAGAGGCCGGCUGGCUGCCGUCAGCGUGAUCGACAUCCUGCCCUCCUGCAUCUCCAGCAAGUACUUUUUCUGGGACCCAGGUCAUAGGGUGUCCAGCCUGCUGGAGAUCGAGUGGAUCCAGCAGGCCCGUCUCGUGUGCCCCUCUCUGCGCUACUACUACCUCGGCUUCUACCUCCACACCUGCCACCGCAUGCGCUACAAGGCGGAGUACCAGCCAUCAGACCUGCUGUGUCCCAUCAAUCAGUGCUGGGUUCCCUUUGGCAAGGCUGCACCUGUUCUGGAGUCGCCGGACAUGCCAAACCUGUGUGCAAGGCCGGGCGCUCUGGAGGGCCUUGGCAGAGACCACUUGGUGCAGGACGGCAGCCCCAUGGUGCCGCCGGUGCGGCCCAGCAAGCGGGAGCUCCUGGACUCCCAGCACAUCUGCCUGACCCCAAGCAGCCAGCCUGCCGGCGGUUCCCCCCGCCAAGUCAUCCUCCUUAGGCAGCUGGUGGCGGCGGUGCGCCGCGACGCCCUCCCCGCCAUCCAUCGGCUGCUGGACAAUCUGGGUGUCUGGGCUGAGGCGGUGGGGCCUGUCUGGAGGGAGCUGGUGUACGCCGUGUAG